AGCAGCGGGUGGACGGGCCGGCGUGUCAGAGCUGGGCCGCAUCGCUCUGAGGCUGCAGAUGAAGCAUGGCAGGCGACAGCGACACAAAGCCAGGUGACAAAGCCCGCAAUGAGAGCGCCAACCGGCAGCCUUUCCUCAUCGGGGUGGCCGGAGGCACAGCCAGCGGCAAGUCUUCGGUGUGCAGCAAAAUCAUGGAGAUGCUGGGGCAGAAUGAGAUUGACCACCACCAGAGGCAAGUGGCCAUCCUCAGCCAGGACAGCUUCUACAGGGUCCUCACCCCGGAGCACAAGGCCAAAGCACUAAAGGGCCAGUUCAACUUCGACCACCCAGAUGCAUUCGACAAGGACCUCAUAAUCACAACUCUGUGGGACAUCAAGGAGGGAAAAACCGUACACAUCCCCGUUUAUGACUUUGUUUCCCAUUCCAGGAAGGAGGAGACAGUGAAGGUGUACCCUGCUGAUGUGGUGCUGUUUGAGGGUAUCCUGAUGUUCUACUCUCAGGAGAUUCGAGACCUUUUCCAAAUGAAGCUGUUUGUGGACACUGAUGCAGACACACGUUUGUCUCGCAGGGUGCUGCGAGAUAUUAGUGAACGUGGUCGGGACCUGGAGAGCAUUCUUGCACAGUACAUCAACUUUGUCAAGCCUGCAUUCGAGGAGUUCUGUCUGCCGACAAAGAAAUAUGCAGAUGUCAUCAUACCAAGAGGAGCUGAUAAUAUUGUUGCUAUAAAUCUAAUAGUGCAACACAUCCAGGAUAUUCUCAAUGAUGGUUUGACCAAGCGGCUGAGCGGGUGGUUUAAUGGUUACGGAACAACGAAGAGUCAACCGAACAUGGAGUCCAGCAGUCGGCCUCACUGAGCACAGCGCUGUGCACAGAGGAGGACAGAAGGUUCACCUGCACGUGGUGAAUAUGCUCUUCACUGUGGCCAACAAGACAGGAGUUACUGCCAGGACAUCAGAAGGCCUAAUGUCCUGAAGCUUUUGAUAUGAUCCCGCUUGCAUUGAGAAAGGACAGAAUUUUUUCCCUGGUGAAGCUAAAGUAAAGCAGUUUCAUUUGUCCCUUUACUUAGUCUAUGAGAUUUGAGAGGGAGAAAUCCACAAGGGCUCAUUUGGAAUUGAAUUUAAAACUGCUGCUUGCCUUUACCACUGCGCUGAAUCAGAGACACUAAAGAAGCAGCUAUGGUGUCUAAAAAAACAUGAUCUCCUAGCAUUUGACAGCCUUCAACCACACCAUCGAUGUGGUGUAGCAACAUGAUGUUAAACGGCAGGGCCUUAGCUUAUCUCUCUCAGCUGUGUGACCAGACUGAUUUCCUUUAUCAAUAUUAAUUUCAAAGCUCCAUUAUGAAGCAUAUUUUGAACUUAUGUUAAGAACUAACUCAAGACUUCAGGUAUGUGUCAUGUGGCCCCUGAGCUGUACUUGUUUUGUCACAUAUAAAAACUAGUUAUAAGACAAAUUAAACAACCGGUUUCAACCUCAAGUCAUCUGAUGUGUGACAUCCUCUCCAAAGAUAAUUUUUCAUUCUGUCCUUGUGGACUAAUUGAUUUGUACCUUAAUGCAGUAUUGACAUCACUGUGACUCAUUUAUUAAGAUGUUGAUGUAACACAGAGAGCAGUUGAUUAAGACGAACGAAAUAUUUUCUUUCAUUCUAUAUUUCCUUAAACUUGAAUCCUCAGAUGCAGGUUUGUUAAAUUCAAAUGAAGAUGCAUUCAGCUGUAUGUACAAGACACCCAGUGUUUGUGUUCUGUAAAAGCUGUUCAAUGGGUUUCUCCUGUACACAUAUUUCUUACGAUAAAGUUUUCAGGUACUCUUUGUUUGCUUAAGUUGACAUCUGUCACUAAGAGUUUUGUAUUUAAUGUAUUUGUAUGACUUACAUAUAUUAAUUUCUGGUUGUAAUCAUUUGAUAAUUUGAUUUAGGUAACUCAUGUGCAGCAGCGGAAAACCUCAAACAAUGAACCUUGCGGAAAACAUGAAACAAUGAUGUUCUGUCUCUGCAUCGAUGCAGAGUCAUCUAAG